AUGAAGCUCAGUGCAGGCAAAGGCUGGGCAGUUGAUGGGUUGGCGGCACAGGCGCGAGCUUCUGGGACCUAUAUAGACACGCACCUCCCCUUCAGUAUUUGUACUAGAGAUGCCAUACUGCACCCCGCCACCCUUGGUAGCCCGUCCUUACACGCCUCCAAGCUCGUAUUCACAGCAAUAGCCCUUGAGAGGAUAAUGGUUCGCGGCAAUCGCACUCUUGUCGUGGUAUCCACUUCCUUUGCUCAGCUCUCAUCAGUCAGCUUUUUCUCGUACGCACCCUUUCAAGUAUCAUUUCCUGGCACAUCGCUCGGCGUUCCUCUCGUCCAGUAUAGGUCAGCUGAAUAG